CUCUCUCUCUCUCUCUCUCUCUCUCUCUCUCUCUCUCUCUCUCUCUCUCUCUUUUUCUCAGCGAUCUCAGAUAUGUUCUUCUUGUCUCGUCUCUUCUCCUCAUCAUGCCUCGUCAAUCACAUGGCUGUCGCUCAUCAUCUCUCGGUCUCGUAGUGAAAAGAGGAGAUGAAACCGAGGACAUUGUGGAUGCAGUCGACAUCCUGCUUCAUCUGCAGCUCGAUACCUGGACCCACUUUAUUAAAGCAGAUGGAAAUCAGACGGGAUAUGAGUGAACUCCUGAGCUGGAGCAAGCAGGAUGGAGAUCCCUUCAAAAGCACAGAGCAGGGGGACGGAGGCUGCAGCACCAAUGACUUCAGCAUCGUCCACGGCAAAGAUCUCCUUCCUGCUGAGAACGGUGAGGAGCUGACCAAACAUUUCCUCCAGGAGCUGCUAAACAUCCUUCUGGCAUACAUCCGCAAGUCUAUGAAUCGCAGCUCCAAAGUGCUGGACUUCCACCAUCCACACCAGUUGAAGGAAGGACUGGAAGGCUUCAGCCUGGAGCUGCCAGAGAAACCAGACAAUCUCGAGCAGCUGUUGGUUGACUGCAGGAACACGUUAAAAUAUGGAGUUAAAACAGCUCACCCACGGUUCCUCAACCAGCUCUCAAGUGGACUGGACAUCAUUGGACUAGCAGGAGAAUGGCUCACUUCUACUGCAAACACAAACAUCUUCACCUUUGAGGUUGCUCCUGUGUUUAUUCUGAUGGAGGAAGUCAUUCUGAAGAAAAUGCAGUCCAUCAUCGGUUGGUCUGAAGAGGAAGGAGAUGGAAUCUUCUGCCCAGGUGGAACAAUUUCGAAUCUCUACAGCAUCCUACUGGCCCGUUAUCACUACUUCCCAAAGGUGAAGACUGAAGGCAUGCAGGCGUUACCUCGCCUCGCCCUCUUCACCUCCACACAUAGUCAUUAUUCGAUCAAGAAGUCAGCAGCGGUUCUCGGGAUCGGCACCGACAGCGUCAUCGCGGUGAAUUGUGAUGAAAGGGGCAAAAUGAUUCCAGCAGAACUGGAAUCCAGCAUCAUGGCAGCAAAAGCUAAGGGUUUGGUUCCAUUCUACGUGAACGCUACAGCAGGAACUACGGUCUACGGGGCCUUCGAUCCGUUCACAGACGUCGCAAACAUCUGUGAAAAAUGGAACUUGUGGAUGCAUAUCGAUGCCGCAUGGGGAGGAGGAUUACUGCUGUCCAAGAAGCACAAGAUCAGACUGCAGGGAAUUGAGAAAGCUUCUUCUGUCACCUGGAACCCUCACAAGAUGAUGGGCGCCCCGCUGCAAUGUUCCACCAUUCUGGUGCGGCAGAAGGGUCUGCUGGAGGCUUGUAAUAAGCAAUGUGCCGAGUAUCUCUUCCAAAGUGACAAGCCGUACGACAUGUCUUACGACACCGGAGACAAGACCAUCCAGUGUGGGAGGCACGUGGACGUCUUCAAGCUCUGGCUCAUGUGGAAGGCUAAGGGUUCAGAAGGUUUUGAAUCGCAGAUUAACCACUGCCUGGAGAACGCUGAGUAUCUUUACUACAAGCUGAAGAGCAGACAAGAUUUUCAGUUGGUCUUCCAAAGCAAACCUGAACACAGUAACGUGUGCUUCUGGUACAUGCCAAGCCGAGUGAGGAACAUGUCCACAGGCCCUGACAGAGACAGAGAACUUCAUUCGAUCACUCCAAAGAUCAAAGCCAAGCUGAUGGAGAAAGGCACGGCCAUGAUCGGCUACCAGCCUCUUGGAGAAAAGCCCAACUUCUUCCGCUGUGUUUUCUCCAACCCGGCCACGCUGAAGCAGGACGUGGACUUCCUGCUGGAUGAGAUCGCGAGUCUCGGCUCUGGGCUUUAAGAGCGACCGGGUCGGAGCCUGAAACCCGCUUUACUGUUCGUGGACUAAAUAUUAGGGAUUAAAAUCGAUCUCGGGGUUUAAUAGCAGUGAGAAGUUUUCAUCUGUAGCGCGGUGCCGAGACUUAGAACUAAUUUGCACAAUUUGUGUUGCUUUCUAUUAAUAAUAUAAUUAUAAUAAUAUUAGAAUAUUCAUUAUGAUGUGUCAUAACAUUGUAAACACAAUUAAUUUCAGUUGUGUAUUUAUUUAUUAUGCACUUGCAGUCUGUGACGUUGAAGAAUCUGGAAAAAAAAUUCCGGAUCUGAAGCUUUAAUUACAAACUCCAGGAUUCACCACUAGCUACCGAUAGCCACUGUAAGGCACAUUAGCCACUUUAGGGCGAGCUGCAAAAAUGCUAGAGCACAUAAUUAAGUGUUAUAGCGUGACACCGCACAUUUGUCGGUGCACUGCACAUUUGUCGGUUUAAACCCUGAGAAAAGCCCUGAGCCACACCUCGGUUUACCAAGAAAAUAUUAUGUAAUAAUCUAAAGCAUUUACAUUUACAUUUGCAGCAUUUAGCAGACGCCCUUAUCCAGAGCGACGUACAAAAGAGUCUUCAGUAGUGAAUAAAUCUACACUGUACACAAGAUUACAAACUUAAUAUAAAUAUCUCAUUAUGAAAACUCGUGAAUUCUACAAAGAAAGAGCUAAUUUAAGUGUAUCAGGAAGAUGAAGGUCUUGGUCCGUCGCUUGAAGAUAGUCAGGGACUCCUCUGUUCGGACAUCUAGGAGAAGUUCAUUCCACCACCUCAGUGCCAGAACAGAGAAGAGCCUUGAAGUAUACUUACCUCUCAUAAAGCCUAAAGUUAUCAGCAACACAGCUCCAGGUGGUGUGGGUUUAGCUUUCCUGUGUGCACUUUCAGGAUGUUGAAUAUUUUCAAAAGCUCCUUAUUAGUUGAUUAGCAGCUUAUGUUAGCAGUGUGUUCAGGCUUUCACAAGACAUUAUUAAGGUGCUUCUUUAAAGUUUUGGGUUCUGAUAAAGAGAACAGUAACACCGAGUUAAAAAAGCUCAAACUUUCUCAUUUCUUCAUUCAAACCUAUUUGGGCUUCUCAAUAGAGUGUAACUGUGGUAUUUUACUGCUCUUUAAUGGCUUAUUUAUUUGUAUUUUAUCUGAUUCUAAACCUGUAUGUUGCAGUGGUAUUUAAUAAUAACAACCAGAAAAAUCAUUUUUAUUAUAUUUAAAAAUGUUUUAAAGGAAUUGAGAAAUCAGAAAAUAUUCUCAGAAAAGCUCAGCCUCAGUGUUUGUACUGAGAAAGAGAUCUUUCCUUGUAUUGCAUAAAACUCAACUCAGAAAGUGUUUUGUGUAUUAUUUGUGAGAUGUAUUCAGGGAUGAGGGAUUUUUUUAUCAUUGGAUCAGGACCUUUGAUGUAUUUAUGUUUGAUAAGUUCGAUUUUGGGAGUGUAAAUUCCCACCACCAUUUUUCAAAGAUCAGAUUUGUUCCAGGAGUCCUUCAGAUCCAACAGACAAGGUGUGUGAGCAAGCGUUUUUUACUGUCAUGAUGGCAGGAGAGCACGAAGUCAAUCUGUGAAGAAGGCCAGAAAGACAAAAGAAGUUCUACUAUAUAAAGAGCAGAAUUACUCCGAAUUUCUUUAUGUGGAAAUUUUUUUAAAACCUGACCCUCAGGCAUUGAUGGUGGGAAUUCAUGCUCCAACUAUCGUCCUGUGUAAAGCUAGCUUAUCAACGUAAAUACAUCAGAACUGCUGAAGAUGUUUAUUCAGUGUUUGAGGAUCCUGACCAGGCUUUAGAAAACCCUUUCAACCACAACUCAAAAUGAUUUAAAAAAGAGAAAAGUUUGAUGCAUAUCUUAUUUUAUUUCAUUACUUUGGAAAGCAGUUUAACACACAUUUCUGGUGUAUAUGCAAUACGGGGACAUCUCGCUCUCUCCCAGGACACACACUGAGGCUGAGCUUUUCACAACCUAUUUUCUGUGUUUGAGUUGAAGAUCUUCAAUUUUCUUCAAAAUGGUUUUAAAUGCAAUAAAAUAUUUUCUGGUUUUAUUAAAUACACCUCAAACACUAUUUAAUAUUUCGGAAACCGACUGUACUGUAUGUCCUUUUUUGUUGUGUGAUUCUUUUUGUUCGUGUGAAAUGAGAGAUGCUGCUGAAUAAUCAGAUUUGAGUGAUGUAGAAUCCUGAGCAAAAAAAAGGCAAAAUAUGAAGCUGUUAAUGACAUUAACACUAAUGCUCGGUUGUUUAUUUGGGCCAAAGUGAACUGUAUUUGGGUUCACGUUUUUCACGAAAAAUUGACAGGAAAAUCCAUUCCAUAAUAACUUACUUUAAAUAUUAACUAAAUUCUUGAUCAUUUCGAGACCCGCUGUUGUUCCAGCUAUUAAAAGCUUCAUAUGUUGCUAUUUUGGGGAUAAUUUUUCUAGAGAUUUUCACCCGGGAGUGUAUCGGGCUUUAUUUAAUAUAACGGGAAUUUUAUUUGGUGGACUCUCAGAUAGCAAAUGUGCCUUCAGUAAAAAUCCUUUUAUAAAAUGACCUGUUAUACGAUGCGUCAUCUGAUGCUGAAUCUGUUCUCAUGUUAAUGAAAAACAGUCCUUUCUGGCAGCAGUUUUACAGCUUGAUGGUAAAAUUUUACCAAACCUCGGUUUUAGCUGCUAGCAUUUUUAAAAAGGUUUUUUCAAACUACUACGGCUAUGACAUGAGCCAUUAGAACAGAGUCAUGUUUAAAGAAGUGUAAUUUGACACGUGUUGGAGGGGUAUUGUGGCAAAAACACACACAAUAGCGAUCACCUGCUCAUCACUAUGGGCUUCCGCUCAUGUGCAUUACGGUGCAUUCAAUAACGUGGAAACAAAACGUUCACAUAACAGGAAGUAGACACGACGCAAAUUUUCAAAACGUCACGAUGAGCUGAAGUUACACUGACAAUGUCCCAGAAACGUUUAUAGAAAAGAAACUAAGGUUCUGCUUCACUGUAAAUUAAAUUUUCUUAGUAGAACCGAGCAGAAGAUCAGAUCACAUUUUUUAAGCAAACACUGAAAAGGUCCUUUGGUUGUCCAUCAACACGCUCAAUAAGAAGGAAUUCCAAGAACCGUUUUUUGGAUCCUAAAAACUUUAAAAAUCCAAUUAACCAAAUAAAAACUUUUCCUUUUAACAAAACAUUUAAAUAUUAAUUACAAACUUCAUAAUUCCAGGGACCUUCUCAUUAAAAUGUAGCUACCCUGCUGCCUGAAACACUCUUAAGUUCUUGGAGGUUUUUUCCAGAAUUCUUUAGACAAUGAUAACUGAAGAACCCUUAAUGAUCCAAUCAAUCCUUAAAGAACCCUUGAGGAAGACUAGAAUGGUUUAUGCCAUAGUUUUCUUGGUUCUUUAAGGUUUAAUUGAACAGUUUAGAGAUCAUACAGAAAUACUUUAUUCUAAGGUUCAUACAUGAACAUGAAGAACCCUUAGAGAACCUUUAAAAGAUUUUAUCCUCCUACAUGUUUACUAAAACCAAAACAUCUGAAUUGUUCUAGCUAUAAAUGUUCCUACCAUAAAUAUAAUAAGGGUUUUGGAUCACGAGGAUUAACAACAACUUAAGAACCUUUUAGAUUUCUAAUAAAGAAUGUUUUAUGUAACAGGUUAAAUAUUUAGUACAAAAAACAAACUUUAGGAAUAAAUGUUCUUAUUAUUUUGGUUCUUUAAGGGUUCUCAGGAUAAUUAAAGGUUCUUACGAAAGCAUUCUGCUGAAGGUUUUGAGGUCCACAGAUCUGAUCUAUGACUUGGUAAAGAUCUAACAAUGAUUUAGUACAUGUAGUAUUUAUACUCUGUAGUAUUUGAAUGUUUUAUUUUUUGUAACAGUGUAUUUUGAGAAUGUUCAUGUAGAAGUGUAUUGAAAGAAAUGUAAUGAAGUCAUUAAAGUUCCUUCAGGAGGAGUCACUCAUGAUGCACCAUGUCUAUGAAGG